UCCAAAAAUACUUGAACCUCGUCCCGAGCCCCUUUUGGUCCCUUGCUGGGAUCCAUUGGCUGACGCAACCAAUGGCAAAAGAAGAUCCAGUGAAUCUGAUGUGGAUGAGAAUUCCACAUCAACAUCAGCUAAAAGAAGAAAUUCCGCCGAACCCGUGCUUAACAAUCUUUUGGGAGGAAAUUUUGUUUUUUCAAAACAAAAACCUUCCGAUUUUUCGAAUAACGGAAGACCAGAUGCCACUUGUCGGUAUAAUGACAGAAUAAUUAUACCGAUUGAGUUUAAAAGGCAACUGGUCUUGACCUUAAACGACGACGGCCAGUUGGAUUAUCUUUCAGAGGAUUUCGUAGUUCCUGGUGUCGUAGUUCCUGGUGUCGUUCCUUGUGUAGUUAUUUUGGUAGAAUCGUACCGGUGUCGUCGUAAUAAUUUCGUCGUUUCUGGUGUCGUUGUUCCUGUUGCCGUAACGGGAUUUCGUGGUUAUUGUGCCGUGGUCGGUUCUGGUGUCGUCGUUCCUGCUGUCGUGACGGGAUUUCGUGUUACUGUUUCUGGUGUCGUUGUUCCUGUUGUCAUAACAGGAUUUUGUGUUACUGUUUCUGGCGCCGUUGUUCCUGUUGUCAACGGGAUUUCGUGGUUACUGUUUCUGUUACCGUACCGUCGUCGUUCCUGUUGUCGUAACGGGAUUUCGUUGUUACUGUGCCGUCGUCGUUUCUGGUGUCGCGUUCCUGUUGUCGUAACAGGAUUUCGAAGUUACCGUGCCGUCGUCGUUUCUGGUGUUGCGUUCUGUUGUCGUAACGGGAUUUCGUUGUUACUUGCCGUCGUCGUUUUUGGUGUCGUUUUUCCUGUUGUCGAUUUCGUUGUUACUGUUUCUGGUGUCGUUCCUGUUGUUGUUAUGGGAUUUCAUGGUCACUGUGCCGUCGUCGUUUCUGGUUUUGCUACUCGUGUUGUCGUAUAUGAAGCUCAAGAACAACAACUAUUGGAAAUGCCGAAGGACACUACGCAAGAAGGAUUGAUAGCAGCUAUACACCAAUUAGAAUUCAAGUGCGCACAAAAAAGAAAAGAACAACGACUUGUAGGCAAAGUUCUUGUAGAUCCGCAAAAUAGACCUCUUGUUUUCUUGGCCUCAUAUAGUUCUAAUAUUUCACUUCGUUGGCAACAAGGAAAAUUUAUAGGUGAUGGUACCUUUGGUUCGGUAUACAUGGCAGUAAAUUUGGAUACUGGAAAUCUUAUAGCCGUUAAAGAGAUCCGAUUUCAUUAUCCUUCACUUACCAAACUUUAUAAACAAGUUAAGGAUGAAAAUGUCUGUUAUGGAAAUGCUCAAUCAUCCUAA